AUGCUGCCACAACAAAAACUGGAUGCUGAAGAACUUUUGGACCAGUACGCCUACAUGCGCGGACUACCUAUCCCGUCGUACAACGGACGGCCGGAAAUACUUAUCGGGUUGAACAACAUCCACACGUUCGCCCCGAUUGAGGCGAAGAUUGGUUCAGUAGCGGAUCCGAUUGCAGUGCGAUGUAAACUCGGCUGGACAGUUUACGGCCCGAGGCAAACAAAUACUGCUGAAGCGAGUGGAGCCUACCUAGGUGUGCAUCAAGACGUCACCAACGAAACCCUGUACGACCUCCUUAAAUCCCACUACGCGUUGGAGGAAUCAGUGGUAAGCGUGCCGCGAGAAUCUGUUGAAGACGAAAGAGCGCGGAAGAUAUUAGAGCUAACCACCAAACGAAUCGGGGAUCGCUUCGAGACUGGACUUCUUUGGAACACAGAUGAUCCGACGUUUCCCGACAGCUAUCCGAUGGCCUUGAAAAGGAUGAAGCAGCUGGAGAAGAGGCUGCUGAAGGACUUGAAACUACGUCAAAACGUCCACCGACAAAUCGAAGAGUACCUGGAGAAGGGGUACGCUCACGUGGCAACGGCGGAAGAACUCGCCAACACGGAAACCGGUAAAGUGUGGUAUCUUCCCUUAAACGUUGUCCGGGACCCAAAAAAACCUGAGAAGGUACGGCUCAUUUGGGAUGCUGCAGCUGCAGUACACGGGGUGUCCCUCAAUUCAAAAUUGCUGAAGGGACCAGACAUGCUUGUACCUCUGAUGUCCAUUUUAAUCGGUUUUCGAGAGCGCAGAAUCGCUUUUGGUGGUGAUGUGCGUGAAAUGUAUCACCAGCUCAAAAUGAUCGUUCAAGAUAAGCGCUUUUUACGAUUCCUCUUCCGCAAAAACCCUCAAGAUCCUCCAAGUGUCUAUAUCAUGGAUGUUGCCACCUUUGGGUCGACAAGUUCUCCUUGUUCAGCCCAGUUUGUGAAGAACCGGAAUGCGGAGGAGUUCGCCGGAAAAUAUCCGGAAGCAGCGGCGGCAAUAAUACAUCGCCAUUACGUCGACGAUUACUUCGACAGCGUCGAUACUGUUGAAGAAGCCAUAGAUCGAGCGAAGCAGGUGCGGUACAUUCAUCAACGAGGUGGGUUCGAGAUUCGUAAUUGGGUGUCUAACUCUCCUGAAGUGCUACAGAGUCUAGGUGAGCGAAGUUCACUUACGUCGGUCCACUUCACCCAGGAUAAAACGACGAUGCAGGAACGCGUGCUGGGAAUUCAGUGGAACCAGGCCGGUGAUGAAUUUUCCUUCUCCACACAGCUUCGUGACGAGCUUCUUCCUUAUUUGCAUGGAGACAAACGACCUACUAAACGAACAGUACUCAGCUGCGUCAUGAGCUUUUUCGAUCCGCUGGGCAUGCUUUCACCAUUCACCAUUCACGGGAAGAUCCUUGUCCAACAUCUAUGGCGAAGCGGCUGUGACUGGGACGAAGAGAUUGGGAGCGACUGCUGGGACAUGUGGAAGCGUUGGAUAGGCUUGUUGUCGGACGUAGAGAACAUUCGCGUCCCCCGUUGCUAUCUCGGAGACGUUUUAUCUUCUAAGGUCGAAUCGAUUGAACUGCAUGUCUUCACCGAUGCCAGCGAACAUGCAUACGGAUGUGUCGCGUACUUGCGUGUCGUAGUCGAAGGAGUGGUGCGGUGCAGUCUGGUCAUGUCUCGGUCCAAGGUAGCCCCGCUGAAACGCCAAUCGAUCCCCCGGCUGGAGCUGAUGGCCGCUGUCUUGGGUGCACGGUUGAGUGAAACUAUCUUCACAACGCACACUCUCAAAAUCGACCAGUGUUAUUUCUGGACAGACUCCAGAACUGUGGGCAGUUGGAUCCGCUCGGAUCAGCACAAAUUCAAACAAUUUGUCGCAUUUAGGAUCGGAGAAAUUCUGGAGCUGACACGGGCACCAGAUUGGCGGUGGAUCUCAACAAAGCUCAACAUAGCCGAUGUUUUGACCAAAUGGAGUCGAGACCCGAUUCUGCAAAGCGAUAGUGAAUGGUUCACUGGCCCUUCUUUCCUGUACCAGUCAAAAGAUCAAUGGCCGAUUACCGACACGCAGAUUGAUGAUACGAUCGAGGAAGCAAGAGGGUCUGUAAUGUUUCACGAAGUGAUCACAGACAAAAGAUGUUCCCGGUGGACUACGUUGUUAAGGGAAACAGCAUACGCAUUGCGCUUCAUAAGCAACUGCUUUCGCAGGAAAAAUAGCGUACCGAUCAUCACGACGAAGGCGACAGAGAAGCAACUGCAGCUGAUCAAAGCUCGGCGUUCUUCGGUCCAAAAACCCCUUAGCCAGGAGGAAUUAGCGAAGGCCGAGAUCGUUCUGUGGAAACAAGCGCAGUUCGAUGAGUUUCCAGACGAAAUGAGUGUACUGAUGACGAACCUUAAACUAAAGCCGGGACAGGAACCCGAAAAGAUAGAUAAAUCCAGUAGCAUCUACAAGCUCACACCAAUCCUGGAUCAGGACGGUGUUCUGCGAAUGGGCGGUCGAAUGGAAACGUCGACUGACAUACCGUUCGAUAAGAGAUUUCCCAUCAUCUUACCGCGGAAGCAUGGGCUGACCGGGAAAUUGAUUCAAUUUUAUCAUGCGAACUUCGGACACGCUAAUAAGGAGACCGUGGUAAACGAGCUUCGCCAGCGAUUCUGGAUCCCAAAUAUCCGAAGUGCGAUUUCUCAGAUAACGCGACAGUGCACUUGGUGCAAAGUGCAUCGAUGUCUACCAGUUGCUCCGCGGAUGAGUCCGCUUCCGAUACAGCGAACAACGCCUUAUCUUCGGCCAUUUAGUGCGGUGGGCAUAGACUAUUUGGGUCCCGUCGAAGUCGUCAUUGGCCGGAAAAAGGUAAAAAGGUGGGUCGCAGUCUUCACCUGUCUUGCCAUACGCGCAGUGCAUCUCGAAGUCGUCCAUACACUCACUACACAAUCCUGCAUGAUGGCCAUCCGAAGGUUCAGCAAAGCGCACGGAGCACCGGCAGAAAUCUUCUCGGACAAUGCUACGUGCUUCCGAGGUACUGCCAACGAGAUGCGGAAAAUCCACUACGAAUGUGCAGAGGCUAUAGGUAGUGUAACGACAGCAUGGCAUUUCAAUCCACCAGCAACGCCGCACAUGGGCGGAAUAUGGGAGCGAAUGGUGCGGUCAGUGAAGGAAAGCUUGAAGGCGUUGGACGAUGGACGAACCCUCACGGAUGAAGUGCUGCUAACGGUUCUAGCGGAGACGGAAGAUGCAAUCAACUCUCGACCGCUGACGUACAUGCCUCAAGAGCCAGGCAAUGAAGAAGCGAUCACCCCGAACCAUUUUCUCCGGGGAACGGUCACAAUAGCGGACAUGAGAGUAGAUAGUUCCAUCAAUGCUGCAGAAGCUCUGCGAGAUGCCUACAAGCGGUCCCAAGACGUAGCUAACCGGACUUGGGAAAGGUGGACCAAGGAAUAUUUGCCCACCAUUAACAAGCGGACGAAGUGGUUCGACGAUCAGAAGCCGUUGGAAGUGAACGAUUUGGUGUUCAUCGUCGACGGGAAAAACCGGAAGUGCUGGACCAGAGGUAUCGUUGAACAGGUGUUUAGCGGAACGGACGGGCGGAUCAGGCAAGCGAACGUCAGAACGGCCGGAGGAGUAUUCCGUCGUGCAGUAGCAAACUUGGCGGUGCUCGAGGUACGUGACGGUAAAUCCGGGACUUCUUGA